AGUGUACCUUUGACAUAUUGUGAUAGUGAUGUGUUCUAGGUUAUGUUUGUAUUAGGCAAAACUAAAUACAUUCGAUUAUAGAUAAUCAUUGUAAUAACAAAUGAUACAAGUGAUAUGUGAUAACAGUCUUAUUGCCAUACUCACGAAUGCAAUGUCUAUUCAAUAAUUAAAACCUAGGAAUUGUUCAAGAUAUUUUUAAAUAAGAAAAUUAUACACACUAUCACAAUAAAGCCAAAGUGAAUAAAGUGUAGAUAAUUACUGACGUUUUAGUGCUUAGUGCAAAGUGUGCUAAUAAUGAGGAACGUUCAGGAUUCGGAAAAGGAAAAAUUAAAUCCAAAAAAUGAUUGGCUACCCACUCGCUCCAGCCAACAGUUCAACGUUAUCCGCCGGGUUUACCAGCAGGAUGCCCUAAACAAGGAUGCUAAUUACCAAGUACCGGAGAAACCUUGGGCAUACAGAUGCAAAAAAGUUAUCAGCAACUGCGGCUUCGGCGAGUGUCUAAUUAACUCGUUGCCAAUAGCAAGAUGGCUACCAAAGUACAACACCAAGAGGGAUCUAGUAGGGGACUUGGUCGCGGGCGCCACCACCGCCGUUAUGCAUAUACCGCAAGGUAUGGCGUACGCGAUGUUAGCGGAAAUUCCCCCUAUAGUUGGACUUUACAUGGCCUUUUUCCCAGUUCUCAUAUAUGUAAUUUUUGGUACCUCGCCCCACGUCUCCAUGGGGACCUUCGCAGUGGCCUGUUUGAUGACGGGAAAGGUGGUGGUACAGCAUUCCACGCCUGUUGACGUUGUACAUGUUGUUAACUCGACUAUAUCUGAAGGACCAUCGUUAUUGCCAGCCUAUUCUCCCAUACAAGUCGCAAGUGUUGUCAGUCUGGCCGUGGGUUUGAUGCAAAUAGUCAUGUGGGUGCUUCGCCUGGGCGCCGUAUCCACACUUCUAUCAGAGCCGCUGGUGUCGGGUUUCACUACGGCCGCUUCAUUCCACGUGAUGGCCUCGCAAUUAAAAGACCUCUUCGGAAUACGAUUGCCACAUCUUGGCAGCAACUAUAAAGUUAUAUUUACUGUUAUCGAAAUAUUCAAAAAUAUUCCCAACACCAACUGGGCCGCAUUCAUUAUAUCUGUGAUCACUUGCACAAUAAUUUCCCUGAACAACGAAGUGUUAAAGCCCAUAGUGAGUAAGAGAAGCCGUGUGCCAGUUCCUAUAGAGCUGUUGGCGAUUGUCAUCGGAACUUUAGCGUCGACCUUCGGAAAUCUAAAAGGCGUUUACGGAAUUUCACUUGUUGGGAAAAUUCCAACCGGUCUUCCAAAUCCCCAACAACCCCCACUGGAGCUGUUCCCAAAGAUCGCGAUUGAUGCCUUUACCAUCACUAUGGUGACGUACACCAUCACAAUGUCUAUGGCACUAAUCUUUGCUGCCAAGGAGAAGUACGAGGUCGAUGCCAAUCAGGAAUUACUAGCUAUGGGGGCCAGUAACGUUUUUGGUUCGUUCUUCAACUGCGCUCCAUUUUGCGCCAGUUUAUCGAGAUCCUACAUUCAGUACCAGGCUGGUAGUAAGACGGGUUUGACGUCAGUGGUCAGUUCGUUGCUGAUAGUGUGCGUUUUGCUGUGGGUUGGUCCGUUCUUCGAGAUGCUGCCUCGUUGUGUGCUCGCCUCCAUCAUUGUCGUCUCACUCAAAGGGAUGUUCAUGCAGACACAAGAACUGGCUAAAUUUUGGAAGCUCAGCAAAUUAGAUGCCAUCGUUUGGAUUGUGACGUUCCUCAUAACAUUGUUGAUUAACAUCGACAUCGGUUUGGGAGCGGGUCUGGUUGCUAGUGUGGGCGCACUGUUCUGUCGCUCACAGAAACCUUACACUUGUCUACUCGGAAGAGUUCUCGAUACUGACCUCUAUCUGGACAUCAAAAGAUACAGAGCUGCCGAAGAAAUCGCCGGUAUCAAGAUUUUCCACUACUGCGGCGGCCUUAACUUCGCCAGCAAGAACCUGUUCCGAUCCACGCUAUUCCGAAAAAUCGGUUACUUCAAAGAUCACGAUCAGUCUGAUGAAGACAGCAACAUCACCAAAAGUGACUUCGAGUGGGAGUCAAAUGUAGGAGAAAAGGUCCGCUGUGUGAUCAUAGACGCCACAGCUCUGUCGUACGUGGAUGCUCCUGGCAUCCGCAGCUUGGUGGCCGCCCAACGCGAGCUGGUCUCCAGCAACAUCACCGUCCUACUAGCGGGCGCUAACGGACCUGUACUAGAGAUGAUUGAAACGUACAAUUCUCUUGAGUCUGAUCGCCUGCAAUUGGACACGUUCCCAACUGUCCACGACGCGGUGGUGUACUACAAGAUGAUAGAAGCGAAGAAGGAUGCAGCUAUCACCAUCACCACUUGAUGGGCCAGCCAGGAACCCAUAACAGCUCAUUACGCGGCUUCGACGUGAACCAUUCAAGCGCCGUGGGUCACAUCGAGCUUUUAUAUUUCAGUGCUAUGAAAACUAUUUAUUUUUAUUGAUUUUAUUACAAUAGCAAUAAGAAUGUACAUUGCGUACUCCGAAGGUACUUAAUUUUGGUGCUAAUUAUACCGAUUGAUGACCAUGUUCUUAAAGAGUAUAUAAUUGAAUUAUUUUGAUUUUUUUUUGUUGAAACUUAAAAUUUUUUGAGUACUUAAUGAAAUACUUUACAUUUUCAAGUCGGUUCUUUUCUGUACAGUCAAAUAAUGUGCUUCCAAUAAUCUACAUACUUGGUGGCGUAAAUUAUGAUUUUUCUCAAGAUAUGAACUUUGUUGACCUUGAACCGUGGUUGAUAAAUUUUCUUAACGUAUGAAGUUACGUGGUGCGUAAGGAAUGUACUAGUGACUAUAGAAUAUAGUGUACUAUAGUUUUAUUUACAAAAAUACGUAUUAUAUAAUAAGGAAAAAAUUUAUAAAAUUUGUAUAACAAAUAUUGUAAGACUAGAAAAUAUAGAAUCCAUUGUGAUAUUUUUACCUAAAAUUACUUAAUAAUCGUACUUAUUGUAUGUUAGUAAUAUAUCAUGUCAAAAUA